CGAUCUCUUUAUUGACGGCGAAUUGCUCAUUCUUUGUUCGGUUCUUCAUUACCCAGAAAUCGUUCGAUUGGUAUUUGAUAAAAGCAAUAAAUUUGUGCGGUGGGUGCUUAAAAGCUUGGCUAAAUUACUUCCGUUGUGGUGGUAGGCGAGUCUGUGCUCGGGUUGAAUUUGGUGGAAGUCGGAUUUUCUGUAGCAGACUUGAUUCGCGAGGAUAUAUCGAAAUGCAGACAUCGAGGGCGAGGCUGUUCAAGGAAUACAAAGAGGUGCAGCGAGAGAAGGGAGCUGAUCCGGACAUUCAGUUGGUUUGCGAUGACUCAAACAUAUUUAAGUGGACUGCUCUUAUCAAGGGACCAUCAGAGACUCCUUUUGAGGGUGGUGUUUUCCAGCUCGCCUUUGCUAUACCUGAGCAGUACCCACUGCAGCCGCCUCAAGUUCGUUUCCUGACUAAGAUAUUUCACCCCAAUGUGCACUUCAAGACAGGGGAGAUAUGCCUUGAUAUUCUGAAGAAUGCAUGGAGUCCUGCCUGGACCCUCCAGUCUGUUUGCAGGGCUAUAAUAGCUCUCAUGGCCCACCCUGAGCCUGACAGCCCACUAAAUUGCGAUUCAGGAAACCUACUCCGAUCGGGUGACGUGAGAGGAUAUCAAUCCAUGGCAAGAAUGUACACUAGACUUGCUGCCAUGCCGAAGAAAGGCUGAAACCAAGCAAUUGCACACGCCCGAUUGAUGCGUUGGCGUCUUUGU